AUGAAUUUAAGUACAGAGCUCGAUAACAUUGCAGAGGACGUCUCGACGUCGAGCGAUCGCGACGACUGUCGCUCUUCCAAGGAGCUGGUUAACGUACAGGUCCAGUCGGACGAGGUGGAGACUAGCACGACGUGCUCCGACUCCUCUCGCUUGAACCAAGCGAUCUCGAACGAGGAGAUCGAUCGCGCUCUCACGACGCAUAUUAAACAAUAUAUCAACAAGAUGUCCGUGAUCCUUCAAGGAGCCGGAGAUCACCAUGUGCAGAUUGUCAGAGAGCAUGUGAAGCAGCGGCAAGAGCUGCAGAAGAAGGAUCUCGAGAUUACCGAGCUGAGACAGAAAGUAGCGGAGCAUACGUUGCGCAGAGGCGAAGGCGAUUGUAUGAUGCAAGAACAAUUGCGGAAGAGGAUGCUCGAGAAAGAAAAGGCUUUAGAGGCGGUGAUAGGCGAAAGGGAUUCGGAGAUCGUGCAGCUGCGAGAGUGCCUCGACACGCUGGAGGAGCGAGUGUGCGCUUACCGCGAGGAGCACGACACCUUGAAGAACGAGAACGCCGAUCUUACUGACGCGAAAAGAACGCUCGCGAAGGAGAAUGAGGCGCGUCGCGAGGAACUGCGAGCACAGAGCGAUCACAUGCGCGAGCGGAUUCAGGAGAUAGACGAUUUGAAGCUCACUAUCGAUGCUUUGCAGAAGGAAACGAAUGAUAUUGACAAUCUGAGAAAGAAAUUGACAGACUUGCAGAUGAGGAACAAUGACCUCACGAGUAAGCUUAUGCAGACUAAUGAAACCAUUCGCCAACACAUAGAGAUUAUUGCGAACCUGAAGAGCCUAGACGAGAAGAACAGGCUGGCUCUGGCGCGCGAGGGUGUCAAGUACAAUGCGAUAAUAACGCAAAAGCUCGAUGACAUCGCGAGCCUGCAGGACGAGAACCGGUCGCUGCGCAAUCAACUGAACAACGCUGAGAUUAAACUUGGCCACAGCAACGACACGAUAUCCCUGCUGAGAAGCGAGAACGACAGCGUGGCCGCGAUAAGUGCCCUGCAAACGAGUCUGACCAGCUUAGACCAGGAUAAAGAGAAGCUGCUGGCGCGUGCGGACAACCUGAGGAGCGAAAUAGCGAGCUGUGAGGACUCCACGACGCGCGUUUCCAAUGAGCUGGUUGCGUUAUCGCGUCAAAACGAGGCACUGAGGACGGACGUAGAGACCGUGAAGAAUACCAACGAUCAAUUGUUACGAGCGCGCGGAAACGAUUGUGGGAAACGGUCCCUAAAGGAUGCGCUGUGCACACUCCCCGGCAGAACUUACGAGAAAAUCGUGCGUCCUAGCGAGAACGACGGCGAAGAGCGUGAUAACGAUGCGGAUGGCGCCAUGAAAACCGCAGAACGGUGGAGUAGCGAGAUCAUCUCUGGCAUCGACGACGGGCAGAAAGAGCGAUUGAUAAAAGCUCACGAUCAAAAUGAAAAAUUUGACACAAGCCAACGCGCGCGUGAUGAAUUAGACUCAGUCGCUCACGGGACGUCUGGCAAUUCCGAACAGGUCGCGCAUAAGUUGCGACUCCUCGAAGUGCAGCACGAGGAGAAGCUGCGGGAAAUUAAAAAAUUGAUGAACGACGUGCAACUGAGGGACUUCGAGGUUAAGAAUCUUCAGGAGUGCGUUUCGCUCUUGCUGCAGGAGAAGGACGAUCUGCAGAAUAAGGUUCAGUGUCAGGUAGAGGAGUAUCAGAGCAAGUUGGCGUUAUUAAAAAGAAAAUAUGACAGCAGUUUGAACGCGUUUCGCAAGCGGCACAAUGAGAACGUGGAGCGACUGCAGGCGCGGUUCCAAGACAUUAUGAGGAUCGAGAGGAGCCCGUUCGACGCGGAUAGUUGGCUGCAGUCGCUGAACUCGAAGGAGCUGGCGGAGCUGAAUAAUCGAAUCGAUAUUCUGAGCUCGCGCGUGGCCGCGAACGGCGAAUCGGAUAUUGCAAACACCGAGACGCCGAGUCACCACCCUCGUCGGAAUAAUAAUAAUUCUGCGAAGCACAAGCUUCAAAACAAAUUCACCCUGCGCAAGGAACGCGUACGGGAAAAUAGAACGGCGCCUUUGAGCGGUGGAGCGAAUAAGAAGGACUCCAUCGCGAAAAUCGGCGACGCCAAGGACAAGGAUUGUUUGCUGAAGGCACGAAACGAUAACGACGACGACAACCACCGCCACGAUGAUAAAGCUGACUAUCAGCAGCCGAGUGUGUAUCUGCCCUUGUCCCAGUCAUUGUGA